CACUGUGGAGACUUGGAUAGGAGGUUGUCGUCCGCAGCAGCCCUCAGAGUUUGUCCGCAAAGUUUCGGCAGCAGUUGAUGCUCGGCUGAGAUUUGUCACGUAAGCCAUCGUACGACGUGUACAACUUCCAGAAAGUUCAACUUCAAGAGAGCACUGUGCCGUCCAACGCAAGCCAAUUUUAAGAAGAAUGUGGAUUUCUCUGUAGUUUGGAAACUCUUGCCCAAUUCUUAGUUGCCUCCUUCAUCGAUUUUGACUGACAAAAUGCAGCUUUCCAGUUUGAAUGAAAUACUUUUUGUACUUGCCUGCGUGGCACAUUUUGCGCAUGCCGAACUUUUCACUGCAGUUGUGGAACUUCAAAAAGCUUUGUACGCAGAGAAAGAAGUUGCAGGAGAGCUGAGAAAAUACAUCCGAUCAGAAGAAGAAAGACUUGAAAAAUUACGAGCAAUAGCCAGCGAUUAUGAGCGGCAUGCUAAUUUAGCUUUAGGAAACACAGAGUACUAUUUAGCAAAUCCAGUCAAUGCGUUUUUACUUGUGAAGAGGUUCACUCUGGACUGGGGAAAAUUAGACAGCUUGCUCAGCACUCAAGCCAAUACAGACCUCCUUACAAGAAUAAAUGAGUUGCGUGCUAAUUUCCCAGAUGUUGAAGAUCUGAAUGGGUGGCAGCUGCACUGUGCGGCUGCAAGACACUUAUCAGCUGAACACCAGGGAAAUCGCCUCUGGCAUUUUGGGGGGACACAGUGUCGUCAGAGCUUACAGGAACAAAGACUUCUGCUAUCAAACCAGACAGUCUCUCUCUUCAUGUGUGGGUGGGCCAUGUACAUGAUAGACAACUCUGCCAGGAACACUCUUUUCACCUUGUCUCUACCCCCUGUUAACCCCUGCAUGUGGAAUGUGUUGAUUUCAGCUGGGGACUGCUUCCAGCUGGGCAAGUUGGCCUAUGAGGACACCGACUACUAUCACACUGUCCUGUGGAUGCAGGAGUCCUUACUAAGGCUGGAUGCUGAGCUCAAUAAAACAGCUGAUAAGCCAGAUAUUCUAGACUACCUGUCUUUCUCCAUGUAUAAGGUAAAAUCUGAGGACUGUUUCCAGCUAGGCCGGUUUGCUUACAACCAAAAAGACUACUACCACACUGUGAUGUGGAUGCAAGAGGCACUAGAGCGGGGGAUCAAUGAAGUGAACAAAACCAUAGAGCGACCUGUUGUUCUGGACUACCUUGCCUAUGCUAUGUCCAGGCAAGGAAACAUGAUGCACGCACUGAAGCUAACAAACGAAUUACUAGAGCUGGAGCCUGACCACGAGAGAGCUAGGAACAACAAGGCCUUUUACCAGUCAAGUCUACAGAUAGAGUUGGGAGAUAAGCCCCUGAGUGACGAUAUCGUUCCUGAGGUGAAGAACCCCAGGCAGAUGGACCCCUACAGAUCCACAGAGGAGUUCCUCACCUAUGAGGCGCUCUGCCGGAACGAGGAGACGCAGGUGUAUGCUGACAGGCACAAGUUGAAGUGUCAGUACAAGCACAACAACCACCCCCUGCUACUGCUGGCCCCUGUCAAGGAGGAGGAAGUAUACUUGAACCCCUGGAUUGUCAUCUACCACGACCUGAUGAAUGAUGUAGAAAUACAGACCAUCAAGGCCUAUGCCACCCCCAGGUUGAAUAGAGCAACAGUUCAUAAUGCUGUAACAGGCGAGCUAGAAACAGCUUUCUACAGAGUUAGUAAAAGCGCUUGGCUAAAAGGAUUUGAGCAUCCAAUAUUUGAACGUAUUAACAAACGGAUAGAAGCAGUGUCUGGAAUAAACCAGGAGACCUCAGAAGAUUUACAGGUUGUUAACUAUGGUAUUGGAGGUCACUAUGAGCCACACUAUGACUUUGCCAGAAGAAAGGAAAAGACUCCGUAUGAAAUACUUGCUGGGAACCGGAUUGCAACCGUGUUGUUCUAUAUGAGUGAUGUGGUUGCUGGGGGUGCCACUGUCUUCCCCUACAUUGGCGUCAAAUUAUUUCCUGAGAAAGGUGCAGCGGCGUUCUGGUUUAACCUGUACAGAAAUGGAGAAGGAAUAUAUGAUACACGACACGCAGCCUGCCCUGUACUCUCUGGCUCCAAAUGGGUCUGCAACAAAUGGAUGCAUGAACGAGGUCAGGAGUUCCGCCGGCCCUGCAGCCUGCGACCUGAUGAGUAAUCAUUGUUUAGAUGUACAUCGCGCCCCAUUAUAGGUGUUCCCAUCAUUGUGAUUUUCAUUCCAUUGAUCUUCAAAUCGCGUGCUUCACCAUGGCAUUGGGUGUUGAAAGCUACAGACAGUAUGCAAAUAUCCUGACAGGAAGUUACUUGUAUAUAUUUAUAUCAUGAUGUACGUAUGAAUGCAUAGAUGGUUCUGGUGUGAUUGAUGUACUCUGAUAAUGGCAACUUGUAUUCACACACCAACGGUACGUCUUUCUUAUUCUUCCUACCUUUUCUUCUUUGUGUCAUUGACUGA